CACCACACAAACACACAUGCAGUGAUCCUGCUACCACCGGCCACAUCCUCCCCUGUCACGUUUCCCCCUGCAUCCCCGGCAGUAUCGAUCGACAUGUGCAGAGGGAUGGGCAGUUGACGUGCCGGGUUAUCGGCAGGACGAUUGGCGACAACCUCUCUCUUCCCAGGAGCUGACAUGUGAACCGGUGACACACGCAGUCUUCCGCUGCUCGCAGCGGAACGCUGGCAGCUGGCUCUGAGCUGGUCAUGAACAGGCCUGUUUUUGGCAGACUCGGCCACCAGUCUGUUACCUUGGAUGGCUCGUGAACAACACUGAGAGACAGAGAGAGGUGCAUCACAUGCUCCUGCUCAUUUUCUCAUUCCCCUGCCGGCAUCCAGACAGCGUGGAGAGGGAAGAGAGGUUUUUGGAUGAGGACAUGUUGCAGCAUCGGUCCGACCGGCAGAUUUCUCCGGUCAGUGAUGGAGAGAGGAGAAUAUUAUUGGACAUUGUGACUUCAGAUCAGGUGAAAGCAUGUGGCUGUGUGGCGCUCCGUAGCCUCCCCUGUCCCUCGCCUCCCACCUGAUCACCUCUCCACCUCCUUCCUUCUCCCUUCUCCGUCCUGUUCACCAUGACGACCCCUGUGGAGAUGCUGCCGGCCCAGCCCGACCAGGAGCUGAGCUCCGAACGCCUGGAUGGCUGCGAGGAUAUUGCCGGCCGCUACAAGGUGGUUCCCUCUGUCGUCUGCUCCAUGUGCUGUCUCUUCGGCAUCAUUUACUGCUUCUUCGGCUAUCGCUGCUUCAAAGCGGUGAUGUUCCUGACGGGCCUGAUGUUUGGCUCCGUCGUCAUCUUUAUGCUCUGCUACAAGGAGCGCGUUCUGGACACCCAGCUGAGCGUGGAGGCCUCGAUGGGCAUUGGCCUGGGCAUCGGCACGCUCUGCGGCCUGGUCACCAUGCUGGUUCGCAGUGUGGGCCUCUUUAUGGUGGGCCUGCUGCUGGGCCUGCUGGUGGCCGUGGCCACCCUGGUUGGCAUGGAGGAGCUUUCCAACAGCCCGCCCCGCUCCGUCUGGGUGCCCCUGGGCGUGCUGCUUGGCCUAGGCAUGCUUUUCGCCGUGCUCACCCUGCAGUGGCAGCGCCUCUUCACCACGCUGUCCACAGCCACGUUUGGUGCUGCAGUCAUCACUGUGGCGCUGGACUACUUCGUGGAGCUCUUCGCCCUGGUGCUGUACAUGUACGAGCGAAUAAAAGCAGCACCCGGCAAGCCGGUGUGCUGGCUGACGUGGGUGGUGCUCGGGGUGUGGCCUGCCCUCACGCUGCUGGGCGUCAUGGUCCAGUGGAAGGUGACCGCUGAGGGAUACUCUCAUACCAAGGUGAUCAUCAGCCGGCAGCAGAGGAGGAUGCAGGUGAUGCGGAUUCGUCAGCGAGACGAUCGCUAUCGCAACAAGAAGAAGAAGAAGCAGCAGCACGGCUCCUCCUCUCACCAUAGCAACCAGGCCAAGCAACUUCACCCUGAGCCCGCCUACCGCCGCAAGCCCAACCCCAUCCGUCGCUACGACACAGACGUCCUCUCGCCGAGCUACAUCCAGAGUUUCCGAGACCGGCAGGUGCAGGUGCAGCCCGUUCCGAGCCGGCUGGUCGGCCGACCGCACACCAUGGUGGAUAUUGGCUACGACCAUGGCUCCACGACGCCCCUCACCGGAGCUGCAGGACCUUCACUAAAUGUCUAAGCACUCCCCAGUCUCCCAGAGGCCUGAACACACCACUCAGGACACACCAGGGAGAUACAUAACUCUGAUCACUACCCCACCUGGGUGUCAUCACGUCUGUGCUAGAACGAACCACCACUGGGUUUCAAUGCAAAGAUUCUGGGUUUAAACAUAAUCUGGGUUUAGCCACACCCCUCAGAGGAUGAAAAUAUAUUUAGGGCUGGAUUUACCCACAAUGCAAAACAUGUUUAACCCUUUUACUGAUUACACUUUGAAUUGUAAAGCUGGAGCCAUCAGCGUGGUGCAGAGGUUUGGUUGACCUCUUUUCACUGUCUGUCAGUAGAUUCACAUGCACAAAUGCAUGCAUGCACUCACAAAAAAACACACACCGCAGCUACAAUUUUAAGGGUCGAUGUACCCGGCCCUCACCUUUUUGUCACCGCCUCAAAUCAAACCAGAUCAGGGAUCUCAGUUUCAGUGCAAACCUGCCUCAGGUUCAAACACAGGCAUCAUAUGAAUAAUUGAAAUACACCUUCGCUCCUUAGCGCGCUGUUUCAACUGCUGUCGCCGAUUUUCAACUGACGGUGCAGAAGCAACUAGUUCCUCAGCCUGUAGGCGUCUUAAAAGUCCAACAAAGAUCAUCUAUAAAGGGACGUAAGGAUCCUUAAAUGCAAACCGGGACAUUUUAUUUGCUUUCUGUGCCAUCUGGACCACAAAAAUCCUCCUUAAAAAGGGGAGAGACGUCUUUAAUGUAUAAAGGGGGAACCCUUCGUCACCCUUGGUGCUGGACGAGACACUUCUUCAAGCGUCAAACUGCUCUCCGAUGGCCGGGGGAAUCGAUUUUAACAGGUGCCUUGCCCCUCUGUGGACUGUACCAUUCAGCAACAGGAGGGGGGUUACUGGCAGAUCUCCCAUCGAUGACUUGUUUUUGCAUUAAAUGUGAUCACAAAGGAAUUAUUCAGGGGGGUAGCCAUGGAGCUAGCAGGGUAAAAAAUAUAGUUGGAGUCGAGUUGGCUUGUUGUCUUCACAGAUGCCUGGAUAUACGAAUAGUCACGUUUACACUGGCACCUCAUCUGAGAUAUCUCACACAACGCAUACAAAAGGUUUUGAGCAUUUUCGAGUGGGAACCACAAUCCCUUAUACGCUGUUGAGCAGAGAAGUAAUAUUUUUAAUCCAUAAGGAUAGCAGAAAGAGAUGUUUCUGCCAUUGUGUAAAUCUUUCACUCUUUAGCUCCAGUUGCAGAACGGCACGUUCUUUCUGUUUUAUGCUGCAAAGCCAUCAAAAUCUGAGCAGUUUUAAAACGUGCAAAAGAAGCAGGACUGAGCUAAAGAUCUUCUCCAGGAUGGUGAGAUUUGUGUAAACUAAAAUCAGAAUCAGAAUUAAAAGGAUAAUUAUGUAUUGAUAUUAAAAAUGUGUCUCCAGGCUGAGAUGCCAGUGUAAAUAGGGCUCAGAGAGUCAGGAUUAAAAAA